AUGAUCUACAUGAUAGUGUUCCUGAAAUAUGUAACAAUUUGGGUGAAAAACGAGGCGUAUAACCAGGGAUACGAGCACAUGAGGAUCGACUGGUGCAAGUUGAAAGAUGUUGAGGAGAUCAACACCUUAAACCGAGAAUAUUCGAAUGCAUCGAAAUAUAAUAUGCUUUUAUUUCGUAAGGAAAUCCAGUAUUAUUCCAGCAUAAUUUCACCUCUAACCGAGAUCAAUACUAACAAAUUACUCGUUCGAACCGAAUACUUUGUCGACUACAAAGAUUACAUUUAUCUAAUCACGAUCCACGCGACUAUAGCAAUAAUGUGUAGUGUGACUAUGCAAAUUAGCAGCGAUAUUUUGAAUAACAUAUUUAUGAUGCACAUCAGUGGAAUGUUCGAGGUAAUUGGACUUUUCAAGAUAUUUGAAGUCUGUAUGUUCAGCAAUGGCGUGGCCCAAAUACUGCUUGGAACCAUUUGCAUGACUGGAGUAAUGUUAAAAGUAAGUCGCAUAUUAAGGAACAUUGUUGAUUCUAAAAGUUUCUUAGAAUUAAGGCUAUAUGUCAACUUUAAAAUGAAGCGUAAUCAAGUGAGUCAAGUGUAUUUGGACCAAACCGAUAGACGUGUGAUCCAAGAGUAUUUGAACUGGAGCGAUGAAAGUGUGAGAGGAGUGUGUUUGACCAGAGUGCGUGAGAUUAUAGAAUGUAUGAUGCUCCAGAUGAUAUCGUCGAAUGAGAAUUUUGAAUAUAAGUUUUUCGUAGUCCUUAUCGCGUUCGUAUAUUUGUCAAUUAUGUAUGUCAAUCUGUCACCCGCUGAAAAAAUUAUUCAGAGCAGCGAGGUUCUAUUCUUCAAAACCUAUUGUGCAAAAUGGUACAAAGCCCCAGUAAAAUCUCAAAAAAUGCUACUGUUCCUCAUGCACAGAUUCAUGGAACCGUGCAGGCUAAAACUGAAAUCCUUAGUUGCCGCGGUCAUCCAUAUAACACAAAUAUUUUCAUUCAAGAUGGUGCAGACUGGUUUCUCCUACUUUACGGUUCUCUACUCGUUGCAAGAAUAA